UGUCAGUUGUUGAUCAGUUUUUGGUGCAGUGCGAAUACCAUUCAAUUGAGUGUUGGCUUCCAUCGAGAAAAGACGGUUCGAAAAUCGCAUUUUUCACGUGAAAAUCCCAAGAUUUUCUCCACUUUUCAUCUGCCCCAGCAAUGGAAUAUCUCCCCGUCUGUGGAGAACAGUGAGUGGCUUAAUUUUUAGGACAAAGUGCCAUGAAGGAUAGUGCUUGGUGAUAAUCCGAGAGACUUUUCUUCAGGAAGUGCCCCCCUUUUUAUUGCGUGAGUGCCCCAAAUUGUGUCCGUGAUUUAUCCAGGAUUUGGAUUUCACAGAGAAGUGUUCCAGGAAGGCCAUAUCCGAGGCAGAAAAGAGGAAUAAAGUGACCAGAAAUCGUGUGAUUUAAAUUCCCGGAGGCGACGAUCCGACAUAGAGAAAAUAAUGAUGAAUGGGGGCGUUAAAAAUGGAUUAUCCACUCUCAAUCGAUUACUUGGGAAGAAAAAUAAAGAUGAAUCAUCCUCACAGUCAAAACAUCCAUCGACAUUCAGCCGAUCAAUGUCUAACUUGGACACGUCUAGUCAACACAAUAAGAUCGUGCCACUGGCCGCAAUGAGUAACGCCCCGUUUGAGCAGACAUUCCGGAUCACGGUGUGUCUGCCGCGGGAUCAAUUGUAUGUGGCCAGGGUGGGUGCCAAGACGCGCCUGGCGCAACUGAUGGAGCUCACGUGUAUCAAUAAGCAAUUGGAUAGGGAUAAAUAUGAAUUUAGGCAUCCCCUGGACAAUUCACAGGUGUUCAGGAAUGACCUGACAAUUGGGGAAGUGGGACUCAAUGAGAUUCGUCUGGUGCCAAAGACAGAGCGUCUGCACAAUGGAAAUAAUUUCAAUUUGGAAGAUUUGGGCAAGAUGAGAGUUCCGGGUAAUCGGGAAUCUCUGUCAUCGUCCGAAGUUAGUCGAAAUUCUCGUCAUUUUCCCAAAACCACCUCACCAUACAGCUCCACAAAUUCCCUCAAUUCAGUCGAGUCUUCCGGAAGUCGAAGUCAUCAGGCACCAGUGGCACCGGCAAGGAAGAAACGAGCAGCACCAAGACCACCAAGUCAGAAUUCCAUUCCUGAACAUCAGGACAGGGCGACGGUGGAUAUCAAUAGGAAUUCCACAAUAACGGGUCAAGGCGGAGGAGCAGAAGUUUUCAAGAAGCCACUCCCGGUCAAAAAGAAUUUCCAUGUGUCAUCGCCAAAUCUGUCCCUGGAGGAGAACCAUCAGCUGAUCACGAGUGCUGAGGUGCACAGAAAUGGAUCCCCCGUGGCGGAGAGGUACAGUUCUGUAACAGAUUUGCGCAGUCACGACACACCGGCAAUUGUUGAAGCCAGCAAUGCACGAAUAAGGCCAAUGUCGAUGCAUAUCUUCAACGGAAAUCACCACGUCAAUGGCAAAGAGAGCUCCACGGAUGUCAAUCACUCCCGGACAUCCAGUGAGUCGUCUGAGAUGAGGGAUUCCCUGCCAGAACCGGUGCCCAGGAAGCGACAAUUAUUUGCUGGCAAAUUGUCUUUCUUUGUAGCCAAGAAGAAGAAAGCAGCUCCUGCACCACCCCCCAGAAGCUUUGCUCCUGUCCCAACACCCAGAUCCAUACCAAAAAGUGAAUCUUCGGCUGACGAAGAGACCAAGAGUGAUGCAACAUCAAUCCGAAGUCAGGAGAGUAGUCCAUCAUCAUCAGUUAAUAACAAUCUGCCCAAUGGGAAUGUAUCCAAAGUGAUGCUGAAUGUGGAUACUACGGAUGUGUCUCCGCCAGUGAACGCUGUGAAGGAGGAACAGCCGGCAAUUAGUGUGACAAAGCAGAGUCUGAUGGUGGAAGAGAGGAAAGAGUGUAUUGGGGUGAAAGUGGUGGAAAUGCAACCAAAUGGUCCCCUUUCAAUUGCCAUAAAGAGCACAGUGAUGCAGAAGGAGGAGCCAGCCAAAGUGUCAAUCACAGAAAUACGACGGGAGAGCACAAAUAGUUCCGAUGAUGAUGAUCAUCGGGUUAAUAUCUACAAUAUCAAAACUGGGACGGUGAUUGAGAAGCCACUGGAAGUUGCGGAGGUUCAGAAGGGGGCGGUUGAAGAUGCUAAGGUAGAAGCUGUUCCGGAAGUUCAAAAGGUAGAAGAUGUUCCGAAAGUUCAAAAGGAAGAAGCUGUUCCGGAAGUUCAAAAAGAAGAAGCUGUUCCGGAAGUUCCAAAGGCAGCAGUUCCGGCUGAGGACCCAAGAUCACCUUCACCGCUCUGGACCUAUACCCUUCCAGCUCCACCAAAAUUCGCCGAUGGGAAUAGUUCCGUUCCGGAUGACGUCACAACUCUCAAUGGAAAUGUCUACUACGAUUAUAUGUCCGUGGCAGAUGAUACAAGAACUGUCCAAUCAGAUUCCAAUACAACUUUGGUUUCUGAUGUGGAUAUCCGACCGGUGAUUAGGGAAGUGGUUCCGGAUCCUUAUAUCAAUGAUUUGGAUGCAGAAGUUGUGAAUUCUGAUGUAGAGGACGGCUAUCGAAUGGACCGGGAAAUGCUGCUGCAGUCACUGGAGAAGCGCCGAGAGCGAUAUAUUGAGAAUGAAUUUGCUUUCCUGACCAAGAUGGACGAUGAGCCGGAGAAAUUGCCAACGCCAGUUGCAGAAAAAGUCCCCAAAUUGGAGAAGCAGCAGUCAAUUGAAAUGGGAAAAAGUGAGGUUAUGGGAGAACUCAAUAGUGUCAUAAAUAGCAAAAAAAUUGACAGUGUCAUAAGGAAGGCAGAAGUUCCGGAAGAAAUUGAAACAGCAAAGCCCUGUAACUUGUCAAAUUUCCGAAUUUCCACAUAUUCCAAUGGCGAGGAGGAAAAGCCGGCGCCUCAGUUGAAUGGCGUUCCAGGCGUUCCUGGCAAUGAGGAGGAAUUCAAUGAGGAAGAUUUCCUAAGGAGGGCAUCAAUUGAUGACAAGGAAAAACCGAGGGAAUUUGUAAAGAGGCCAUCUCUGACAAAUGGAUGCAGUCAGGUAUUCCGGAAGAGUAAUCCAGUUGCCAGAUCGGAUUCCUUCCAUUCGACCCGAACGGACUUUCCGGGAUCAUUUGCCGGAACACCAAGGAGUUCAUCGUAUAUUUCUCUGCUGACUGCACAGAAAUUCGAGAGCAGGCACUCUCCCAGGAAUAGUCUUGAGCUGGCAAAUCCUCCAAGGAGGUACUCAAGUGAACUUAGUAUCACGGAUUCGCCUUCGUUGCAGAGCAUUGAGGUUAUGAAAUCCAUUCUGUCAUCUUCGAGAAAGAAUAGCAUAACGCAUUUGGCAGAGCCGACUGAGCCGGAAAUUGUGGCAGAAAAUGGGCUUCAGGAGACAAAGAUUGUGACAGUGAAGGAGAUUAUGAGGGAAAAGGAGCCGGAAGUGUCACAAGUGGAAGCCAUUGAGGAGCCACAGAAGCCGGAAAAGGCGAUUCUGGUGCAGCAGAAGGAGGAAGCGGAGGAUUGCCCGAAGAAAUGGGUGUACAAGGGACCACCAAAGAUCAAUUUGUCAGCCUGGAGUGAACGUCCGAAGGUUCAGGUUUGCAUCAAAUCCGACAGUGAUUACUGCUUCGGCGGAAGUACGACACUUCCCCGGGGUUUCCGGACGGUGGAACAGAGGGUGCAGGAGGAGGAGCAGAAGCUGGCAGAUGCAGCAAAUCAUCAUUUGCCAGUGGUGAGGAGUGUGGAGUACAAGAAAAACAUUCAACCGCCUGAAGAGACUGAACCGCCAGCGGCAGCCGCCGCUGUGAUCCUAAGGAAGCCGGAAGUGAGACAGAAACCAGUCAAUCGGGUGAAUAGUAUCACCAGUGCCUCCCUAAAUGCACGUCCACUGAGCCUGGGUAAUUUCAGCAAAAUCGCUCCAGUUGUCCGGGGUUUCCGGGCCGAAGAGGAUCCCGCUCCUGUCAAAACUUUCACAACUGUCUCCCUCAAUCGUACAGCCAGUGUCACAAAAGUAAACACACCCACGACUCCUCCAGCAGCUUCAGCUGAACCUCCGUCUCAGCUCAAGAAGCCCGUCCUAGAGAGACGAUCAAUUGCUGUGGUCAAUGGGCAGAAAAAUAUCGAAGUUGUGCCAUUUUCGCAGCACACCCUCCGAAGAACAGGCCUCAAAGAGAAGAUCCUGGCUCAAGAGGAAGAAGCCCAAAAGGCUCCGUCUCAACCAAGAACAUUCCAAUCGCGACAGCAAACUAUCAAUCAUUCCAUUUCCCUACCCCCUCCGGAGCCAAUAAAAACCCCUCCAGAGCCACCCAAAAUCCUUUCCACUCCAGCUCCACCACCACCUCCGCCCCAACUGCGUCCAGUUGUCCGGGCCGUGGUGAAGAAACAAAUAUCAGCUCCUGAACUUGAUCCUCGUGAUCAACUUCUCAAUUCCAUCAGGAACUUCAACAAAGGUUCCCUGAGAAAGAUGUAGCUAUCUUUCUCCCCAAAUCAGUGCCUCUAAGUACCCCUGAAAAAUAUCUCCACACUCACAAAGUAGGCAGAGCUUUAACAAAAAAAUCUUCGAAGAGAAGAGUGUGAAGAUAUUUUUUAGCGAUGAAUACUCUUAAAAUAAGAGAGAGCACAACGCAAUUAAUUUUUUUUAAAUUAUUCAAAAGAAGUGUUUUUUUUUGCUGUUAUUCCUGUAAAUGUAUUAUUUUUAUCAGAUUGAAGACAUUGUGUUAAUAUAUUUUAUCCCUUCCCCUUUCUAAUUUAAACAAACAAAAAAAACAGAUGAGAAAUAAUUUGUUGAGUCAGAUGAAAGUUGUAUUAAAUAUAUUGAUUAUGGGACCAAA